AUGCAGGAUUCAGUAAAUUUUAGCAAUGAAGAGACGGAACAACCGCCGCCUUACAGAGAACUGUAUCCGAACUCAGGUGAAAUAAAUCAGCAGUGCUCAGUUUGUUCCACCAAUCAGUUUGCAAGUGAUUCUGAAAGCAUUCUUAGAAUACUGAAAGCCUGUGACUUUGCCGCGCAGCGUCAUAGUUUUCAACGGAGAAAAGACGUUCAUCAAACGCCGUAUAUCAAUCAUCCCAUUGGUGUUGCCAACAUACUUGUUGGCGAAGGGGGUGUUAUGGAUUCUGCUACUAUUGUAUCAGCUUUGUUACAUGAUACAGUUGAAGAUACUAGUACUACGAUCGAUGAGAUCGAGGAAAUAUUUGGUUCAGAAGUCCGCACUAUAGUUGAGCAGUGUACAGACGAUAAAACUUUACCUCGACAGGCCCGAAAACAAGCUCAAAUUGAUAAUGCAGCGUCUCAUUGUACUAAGGCAAAGCUCGUUCAUUUGGCCGAUAAACUGUAUAACUUGAGAGACCUUGAAAAAAACCCUCCAGUAACGUGGGACGCACGGAGGAAAAAGGAAUAUGUUAGUUGGUCAAAAGAGGUGAUAAGUCGACUGAAAGGUAUUAACGAGGCGAUUGAAAGAGAAUUGGAAAACGCUAUUAACAGGUUAUUAUGA